UCUACUUUAGUAGUGGUGAACAUGAACAAACUAGAAUUUUCUUCCAGCCUUCUUAUUUGUUGUCUACUUUUCACGUCGGCAAUUUGUCAGGAAACUAGCAAGGAUGGGCUCGUCGCAGUUAUUGACUCUGGUGGUAUCCGUGGAAACGUGGAGUUUCUUCAUGCUAACGACUCCGAGAAAGGUGUGUUGAUCCGGGUUAACCUACGCGGUGGACGUUACAGUGAGCGGUUCCGGUGGAAGAUCCAUGAGCUACCUGCCUUUUCUGCUUCCAAGGAUCCGUGCAAGGAAAACAAACUUGGAAAAGUCUAUGCCGACUUGGCCACAGUCCAUGGGCAGCUGACUUCCGGUGAAGGUACUAUAGUAGUUUCUAACCUCAAACUCAGUGGCCCUGAGUCUAUACUAGGUCGUACUCUUGUUCUCAGGGGAACAGAAACUGGUAGAUCUGUGUGCGCGGUGAUUCAGUCUAGAGCUCGAAUCCGGACUUUUUAUUCCAAGCUCCAUUCGCCAGUGGCUGGAAAAGCUGUGUUUAGGCAGAGUGGACAAGAUACUGGAUUCUUCACUCAUCUCUACUUCACGAAUGGCACGAAAAAGGAUACUAUUCAUCGUUGGGCUCUCUUGCAAACCGAUACUCUUAGUGAAUCCAUUCAGAACGAACUGAAUCGAUGUGUUAAUCUCUAUGGAGCAGUGCCACUUAUUCAGGGCUCCGACGUGGUUGCUGUUGGAAAAGAACCCACCAGUUUAAGUAGCAAUUCUUACUUUGUCCUUCAGAACCUCCCUCCUCUAGAAAAACUCAUUGGUGGGCUUCAUUUUGUCAUAUACUCCAGUUCCAAUCCUGCUGAAAUAUUAACUUGUGCUCCCGUAUUAAGUGUAGAGCCAAAAGUAGCGGUAGCCACUUUUAAAAAAGAAGUGACUGGACAAGUGACCUUUCGCCAGGAGUCACCCUUUGACCCAACUCUUGUUGUUGUCGACUUUAACAGCCUUCAACAGAGAGCUUACAGUUAUGGAAUUGAUGAUUACCCCCUGAUCUUUCGGUGGGACACUCCUGACCAAUGUCCUAAUAUCAAGGGUACUAUUUACAAUCCUUUCAAAGCAGAGCCUUAUGCUGUGCCUGAGCCUGGUGAAGGAAGUGUUGAUCUUUUCGCUGUAGGGGAUUUAAGUGGCAAGUAUGGAACAUUAAAGAAUAAGAAACAAUUGUUCCAACAAGUUCGAGACGUAUCACUCUCAUUAUUUGGAAUCCAUAGUGUGGUGGGUCGUGCCUUGGUCAUCUACAAGCCUAAUGGGGAGCCCUUAACAUGCGCAAACAUUGAACUCACUGAAAAACCAUUAAUCACUGCUUAUUCUACAUUUGACACACCUAUACAAGGUCAGGUAAUCUUCAAGCAGGAUGCUGCUGACCCCACUGCUGAUACCUCCGUCUAUAUAGAACUGUCCUAUCCUGCAGGUACACAGAACGUAGUAGACAAGACGUACAAUCAUCCCUGGUAUGUUCAUCUUAGUCCUGUUCCCACGGGAAGUGGGUACAGUGUUACUCAGUGUGGAGUUGCUGGCCCUCGCUACAACCCUUACAACGUUAACACUGAAGGGAGCUAUCCUUGUCAUUGUUCUGACAAGUCUCCUUCAAGAUGUGAACUCGGGGACACUUCUGGGAAGCUAGGAUAUUUGAACAUCCCAGUCUUUAAAAUUUCGAAAGACGACAAACCAGUGUUAGCUAAAUACUUCUUCACUGAUCCAAAUCUUCCCCUCGCUGGACCGACGUCCAUCAUUGGAAGGUCUCUGGUGGUGUAUAAUCCAGAUUUCGGAAAUGAUCGCAUGGUGUGUUCUAACAUCAUCCAACAUGGAGUCACAAAAAAAUGAAAUCAAACACAAUAUCACGAACAAUUACUUAUAAAAAUGGAUAUGAAUUUUAAGCCAAGAAUAAGGAUUGCAUAAAAGUUUUGUGUUUCAAUCUGGUUAAAAGAAAAGCACCACGUGGGAACAAACUAUACACAAAGCAAGACUCGUAUAUGUUAUUUUAUAAAUAAAUUUAAACAUGGCAUAAUGUCAAUAUGUUUCAACGAAUGCUAGUUUUAGACUUUGGCUACACUUUUAAAGUCAUGAAACGGAAUUUUUCCAGACAGUAUUCUAGGAAUAACGAAACGAAAACUUAUAAAAUCUUUUUAUCAUUCUGCAGGUUGGCUUCUGAUAAAAAAAAUUACAAAAAUCUUAGCGCUCUCUAGUGGAAAAUGUACAAGAAUGCGUGCAUUUGGCUGUAGCGAUCGGAUAUAAAUCAUUGUCACGAAUAGUAGCUAAUACCAUCACCUAAACCUAAUUAUUAAUUAGUUACUAAUUAGAUUUAGGUGAUCGUAUAAGUUGUUUAUCAUGACAACGAUGUAGAAGUAUAGCUUCCCAACAAUCUUUUAUAUGAUAAAACAUGUCAUAGAAUCGAUUAACAAUAAAAAAAUUAUGUUCAAAAUUCAGUGUUAAGUAAUAAAAUGGAAAGUUAAACAAGUGUACUUUAUACAUACUAGAUGGCGCAACAAUAGUAUUAUGGUAUUUCUAGAAGUUUAAACACGCGCACACAUAGAAAAAUAACAUUAUUUUUAUUGCCAGAAUCAUCCAAGAUUUCAGAAGUCUUAAAAGCGUAUGUGUGAUUUGUUAAUUAACCCAUUUAGGAAAGAGGUGUAAAUAUAU